AUGAAGUAUGGGCAAACUGACCCAAGUGCUGCCAAACAUCCUUUGGUGGGUUACGGUUGGUUGGGUGGGGACCAACUAUAUUCAGUAAUAGUCAGUGUCUUCGGCGCUCGUCUAGCACUGUUUAGUAUCUCCUCAAAGCUUCCUGAAUACCUUCCUUGGACCCUAGUGCAGGUGAAUGCUCAUCACCAUCACUAUCAACUUUAG